AUGAAGGCGGACUACAAAUUUUCGAAUCUGUUGGGGACCGUGUAUCGGCAGGGAAACCUGGUGUUUACGCCUGACGGCACGGCGCUGCUUUCGCCGGUGGGCAACCGGGUGUCGUAUUUCGAUCUGGUGAAGAACACCUCCUUCACGUUCCCGUACGAGCACCGGCGCAACAUCACGUGCAUUGCUCUGAAUGCGCAGGGCUCGCUGAUGCUGACAGUGUCGGACGACGGCAAGGCGAUUCUGGUCAACUUCAAGCGACGGACGGUGAUCCAUCAUUUCAAUUUCCGCGACGUGGUGUCGGACGUUCAAUUUUCGCCGGACUCGCAGUACUUUGCCAUCAACAUUGGUGCGCGGCUGGAGGUGUGGGCGAUCCCCAGCGACACAAACAGCCGCUCGUUUGCGCCGUUUGUGCGCCACAAGCGCUACGAGGGCCAUUUUGCCGAGAUCACGUCGAUUACGUGGUCCGACGACUCGCGGUUCUUUCUGACCACGUCCAAGGACUUGACGUGCCGCGUGUGGUCGCUGAUGGAUAAGGACUCGGGCGCCGCAGCAACGCUGGGCGGUCAUCGAGACACCAUCACCAACGCCUUCUUUUCGCAGGACCAGGAGACCAUCUACACGGUAUCCAAGGACGGCGCCUGUUUCGAGUGGGCGUAUGACGAUAACGACGACGGUGACGACGGCUUUGUGGGGUGGAAAAUCAAAGACCGGCACUACUUCCACCAGCAGUCGGUGCUCAAGUGCUCGGCGUUCCACGCCAAAUCGAACAUUCUGGUGGUGGGGUUUGCCAACGGCACCUUUGCCAUGUACGAGCUGCCGUCCAUGACGCAGAUCCAGACCAUGUCCGUGUCUCAGCACGGCAUUGACUUUGUUACCAUCAACUCCACGGGAGAGUGGAUGGCGCUGGGCGCGAGCAAGCUGGGCCAGCUGCUGGUGUGGGAGUGGCAAUCCGAGUCGUACAUUCUCAAGCAGCAGGGCCACUUUGACUCUAUGAACUCCCUCGUGUACUCUCCGGACGGCAGCAAGGUGGUAACCGCGUCGGAGGACGGCAAAAUCAAGCUGUGGGACACCUCGUCGGGGUUCUGCCUGGUCACGUUCACCGAGCACUCGGCAGCGGUCACCGCCCUGGAGUUCUCCCGCAAGGGCAACGUCUUGUUUUCGGCGUCCUUGGACGGCUCCGUGCGCGCCUGGGAUCUCAUUCGGUACCGCAACUUCCGCACCUUUGCUGCCCCCGAGCGAAUCCAGUUUUCGUCCCUGGCCGUGGACCCCUCCGGCGAGGUGGUGUGCGCUGGCUCGCUGGACAACUUUGACAUCUACGUGUGGAGUGUGCAGACAAGCCAAUUGCUGGACACGCUGGCCGGACACGAGGGUCCCGUCUCGUGUCUGUCUUUUGGCGCCGAAAUCGCCAACGCGUCAAUUCUGGCCUCCGCGUCGUGGGACCACACGGUGCGGGUGUGGAACAUUUUUGCGCGUACGCAGACGGUGGAGCCGUUCCAGCUCACGUCGGACGUGCUCCAGGUGGUGAUGCGGCCCGACUCCAAGCAGCUGUCGGUGUCCACACUCAACGGCGAAAUCUCCGUGUGGGACAUUGAGGAGGGCAAGCAGGUGGGUAGCAUUGAUGGAGCCAAGGACAUUAGCGGUGGACGGCACUCGUCGGACCGGUUCUCUGCCAAAAACUCGGCGCGCUCCAAGUACUUUACCUGCAUGACCUACUCCGCCGACGGCAAGUGUCUGAUUGCCGGCGGCAACUCGCGGUUCAUUUGCCUGUACGACGUGCAGUCGGGCGUCUUGCUCAAGCGGUUCGAGGUGUCGCGAAAUAUGUCUCUGGAGGGCACUCUAGACUACCUCAACUCAAAGAACAUGACCGAGGCCGGCGCUCUGAAUCUGAUCAACGACCCCGACGGGUCCGACUGGGAGGACCGCGUGGACGACACUCUUCCGGGCGUGGUUCGCGGCGACAAGUCCAAACGACGCACCCGGCCCGAGAUUCGUACCACCGGCAUCAAGUUCUCGCCCACCGGUCGCCAGUUUGCUGCAGCCUCCACCGAGGGUCUGCUCAUGUACUCCAUCGACGACGAGCUCAUGUUCGAUCCCUUUGAUCUGGACGUGGACGUGACUCCCCAGACCACGAUGGAGGCGCUGGAAAACAAGGAGUAUCUCAUUGCGCUGGUCAUGGCCCAUCGACUGAACGUUCCGCGGCUCAUUCAGCGUGUCUACGAGUCCAUUCCCGUCGACACCAUUGAGCGGGUCGCGCGGGGACUUCCGGUCGUCUAUCUCGAAAGGUUUCUGCGAUUCCUGGCCUCUGCAACUGAGGCUACUCCCCAUGCCGAGUUCCAUCUGCGGUGGAUCAAGGCCGUGAUUACCGCGCAUGGGCGGCACAUGGCCCAGCGCAAGCACGAGUACGCCCAGGUGUUGCGGGCGGUGCAGAAGUUUGUCACCCGGGUCAACAAGGAGGUUGCUCGACUGGCGGGCACCAACGGGUAUUCUGCCGAGUUUUUGCUCGGGUCGAAGCCGUCUGUUCCGGUCGACGAGUCCAGAAUGAUUACUGGAGAGCCCGACGAGGUUCUGGUUCCCAUCGAGACCGAAAUGGAGGUUGAAGACGAGGAUGAUGACGAUGAUGAUGACGAGGAGGGCUGGUUUGGCCCAGAGUCCAAGAAUGAUGCUUUUGCUCAGAUGGAUGUUGAUGAGGAUGAUGAUGAUGAGGAGGAGGAGGAUGAGUAA